CAAAGGAGGCGACUGGCGUUAAGUGACUUCAUUAAGUCUCCUGGCAGAGAGGGAGUCACAUUACUGGCACCUGAGUAGCAAAGGCAUCUGGUUCAGAGAUUGGCUGUGCUGACAACCCCUGGUGUUCUCUAUUGAAGAAGUCAAGAUGGCCAAGGUCCCUGACCUCUUUGAAGACCUAAAGAACUGUUACAGUGAAAAUGAAGAAUACAGUUCUGAAAAUGGCCAACUCUCUCUGAAUCAGAAAUCCUUCUAUGAUGUAAGCUAUAACCCACUUCCCAAGGACUGCAUGGAUAAAUUCAUGUUUCUGAGCACCUCUGAGACCUCUAAAACAUCCCAGCUUACCUUCAAGGAGAGUGUGGUGGUGGUAGCAGCCAAUGGGAAGGUUCUGAAGAAGAGACGGCUAAGUUUUAACCAGUUCAUCACUGAUGAUGACCUGGAAGCCAUCACCAAUGAUCCAGAAGAAGAAAUCAUCCAGCCCAGGUUCGCAACUAACAGCUUCCAGAACAACAUGAAGUACACCUUCAGUAGGGUCAUCAAACACCGAUGCACCCUGAAUGACACCCUCCAUCAAAGUAUCACUCUAGACACGUCGGGCAAAUACCUCAUGGCCACUGCAUUAAAUAAUCUGGACCAAGAAGUGAAAUUUGACAUGGGUGCUUAUAAGUCAAAUGAAGAAACUAAAUUUCCUGUGACCCUAAGAAUCUCAGAAACACGGCUGUUUGUGAGUGCCCAAAGUGAAAACGUUCCUGUAUUACUAAAGGAGAUGCCUGAGACACCCAAAACCAUCAGAGAUGAGACCAACCUCCUCUUCUUCUGGGAACAUCAUGGCACUAAGGACUACUUUGAGUCAGUUGCCUAUCCGAAGUUGUUUAUUGCCACAAAGCAAGAUGGCCUGGUGCACAUGGCAAGUGGGCAACCUUCUAUCACUGACUUUCAGAUAGUGGAAAACCAGUCUUGACUCUGGAGUCUGCUUACUUGUGAAAUGUUGACAGUUGUAUGUACCAUGUACAUGAAGAAGUCAAAUCCUUUACUCUUAGUCACUCAUUGAGCAUGUGCUGAGCCUUUGUAAUUCUAAAUGAAUGUUUGCUCUCUUUGUAAGAGAGGGAGUAAGGUCUAGUGAACCAACACUAAAUAUAAUGUUGCUUGUUAUUUAAGGAACACCCUAUACUAUGCAAACUACCAAUCAUUUUAAUUAUUCUUCAUAACAAUCUUGGGAGCACCAGGGCUCCUGACUAUUAAAAAAACUCUACCCAUAUUACAUGUGGGUUAACUAAGGCAUAAGAAAACUAAGAAAUUCUCGCAAUGGCAGCUGGAAUGAGAAGCGAUAGACCCAGGAUUUCAUUCCAACUGUUUUGCCUUCUGCCUUUAAGUUGCUGAUUAACCCUUAAUCAAAUACUGUAAAGUUUCUGGGACUUUAAUUUGGUUGUCUUCAAAAUGGAGGGAAUGACACUUAAGUCCUUUCUGCCUCAGCAGUAUUUUGUAACAGUCAUUUCAGUAAAAUGCUUCUUGAAGCUGAGCCUCAAGAAUAAGGCAAUGCAUGGAAUGUUAUUUUAAGUUAUUGUUUAUAUUUAUUUAUAAAUAUAAUUUAAGAUAAUUAUAACAUAUUAGUAUAUUUAUGGCAAUUGUUUGCAAUCUUUGCAUGUGACCGGGAAUCCUCAACAACACACAAUAUUUUCCAGGCUGAGUGAAUUUGAUGUAAUUACAUUAAGGCACUUUGGUCCAAGCUGUGCUUUUUCCAUUACCAUGAGGCUCUGUGUUCUAAUGUCUGGGAUCCCUGUAAUUAUAAUAAUAAAUUUAUAUUAUUUACUUUG